GACGAUCAUUUAAAAACAAGCCUUUAGCCGGUGAUCACCGAACAGCUCAAGCAGCACGCAAACAAAUAUUUAUUUAGUGAACGCCUAUCAGAUAGGAGCAAAAUAUAUUUGUGCAUAACACAGAGGAAUAGGUUAUCGAAACGAUUGUGAAUUAAAAAACAAUAACAAUUAAAUCAUUAAAGUUCAGAGUUGUUUUUUUAUAAAAGGGACAUUACACCUGCUUCAGUAAUAACGGUGAAUACAUAAUUAAGUGAAACUACAAAGUAAUUCUAAAUCAAGCAGAAACCACCAGAAAGCUGAAUAAACGAAAUACGUAUCACCUUAUAAAACUAACAAAAACUAACAACAACUCACAAUGACUGGUUUCAACCUGAAAGGCAGCAGCCUGCUGAAGAGCAAAGCCAUCAAUGGCAACACCAAUGGCGAGACUAACGACAGGAGCAACAACUACAUUGCAGAAGAGUGUCCCAAUGGUUCCACCAACUCAACGGCCGUCAUCAUCAACAACAACAACCAACAAAAUACUUCAAAUAUUGUGGAUAAUCCCGAAUUAGCAGAGGCUGUCGCUGUCGAAAAUCGUAUCAAAAUGGUUAUAAAUGAAGAGAACUAUUCAUACGAGCUCAUCAAAGAGGUGGCGGAUUUCUUUUUGGAACGCACCAGCAUACGUCCCAAGGUCGGCAUUAUUUGCGGCUCGGGUCUAAACUCUUUAGCCGACCACAUCACCAACACACAAGCCUUCGAUUACAAAGAUAUACCACAUUUCCCCGUCUCCACAGUGGAAGGUCAUGUGGGACGCAUGAUUUUUGGCUAUUUGGAAGGUAUGCCUGUGGUGGCCAUGCAGGGACGUUUCCACUAUUACGAGGGCUAUCCUUUGGCCAAAUGCUCCAUGCCUGUGCGCGUUAUGAAAUUGGUCGGUAUACAGUAUCUAUUUGCCACAAAUGCAGCGGGCGGUCUUAAUCCCAAAUACAAAGUUGGUGAUAUUGUGAUCGUGCGCGAUCACAUCAAUAUUAUGGGCUUUGCUGGCAAUUCACCACUGCAAGGACCCAACGAUCCGCGCUUCGGACCACGUUUCCCGCCCAUGACCAACGCCUACGAUCGUCAUCUGGUGCGCAAGGCACGCAAAGUGGUGCGUGAGAUGGGUAUUGAAAAUGAUGUACAUGAGGGCGUCUAUACGUGUCUGGGUGGGCCCAACUACGAGACGGUAGCCGAAUUGAAGAUGUUACGCAUUAUGGGCGUCGAUGCGGUUGGCAUGUCGACUGUGCACGAAGUGAUCACAGCCAGGCAUUGCGAUCUGACAGUAUUCGCAUUCAGUUUAAUAACGAACAAGUGCGCGACCGAUUAUGAUAGCAGUGAAGAGGAUGCAAAUCAUGAGGAAGUCGUGAUGGUGGGCAAAUCACGUCAGUCCACUUGUGCGGAAUUAAUGUGCCGUAUGAUACGCGAUCUCGCCGAGGAAACGUGUCUGAAAAAUGGCAGAAAAUGAACGAAGCAGAUGAAUGACGUCGGAGCAAGGAUAAUAGUGUAUUAAGAAAAGGAGAAAGUGAGAGAGAUAAAGAGCAAGAGAGCAAGAGAUGAACUCUAACUGCAUACGAGUAUGUGUGUAUGUCUGCAAGCACUGGUAACUCCUAAAUAUCAUAUUUGGACGUUAAUCAUAAGUAGUCUAUUAGUUUAGUAGGUUUACGCUAUAUUUUUAGUUUUAAUAUAUAUUUCGGCGUUGUGUAGAUAUGUACAUAGUGUACGAGUAUGUGUGUAUUCAAAUAUUUGCACUUAAACAAAACACGAUUAUAUUUUUACAUCUUUUACAUCUCUGUUAUAUGUACGAGUAUGUAUGUAUGCAUUUACAGGAGAACGCUGCUACUUUUUAGUAGUGUAUUUUGUUUUUAUAUUUAAGGGGGGCAGCUCCUCCAGACAACGAGUUUUUCAAUAAUUUAUGAGUAUUUAUUAUCUUAAAAUAAAUUACAUAUUAAUACGAGUAUUCAUUCUUAAAUGAAUACACAAACAUUUGAGUUUAAUAAAAAGAAAAUGGCGGCGCUACAGCUGCUCAAACGUGGAUCCUUUAAUUUGCGCCGUGGAAUGUACAGCCUCUUGCAAUCAGCCAGACAAAAAUUUUUCAUUAAAAUAAGUUAUUCCGCUUUGCACUUAUCUAUUUUUAAGAAAAGAAAAAUAAAGAAAAUUUUAAGUGAAAAAGAAAA